GACCUCUCCAAAACGAUCUCACAACAAUGGCGUUCGCUGUUUGUAGAGGAACGUAAGUACUGGGACGAACUCGUGAAGCAGGGGAAGAAAGAGCACAAGGAGAUGAAUACCCACAGUACAUCUAUCAGUUGUUGUGAUUUGAUAAGGUAG